AUGAUGCGGCUGUGGCGCGCGGCGCUGCUGCGGGAGCUGCGGCUGCUCGGCCAGCCGGGGGCGGCCGGCGGCGGGCCCGGGCCCGGGCCCGGCUCCCGCUCCCGGCGUCUCCCGCCGCGGCUCGCCGCCCUGAGCGCCGGCCCCGCCGCCCGCCGCGGUCCGGGCCCGGCGCGGGGUCUGUGCACCCGCUCCGAGGGCGCCCUGGAGGAGCCGGGGAAGGGGGCCCAGCAGCCGGCGGCGCCCGGCGAGCCCCCCGCCGACGGCGGCCGCAACAACAACCACGGCGGCGGCGGCAAGGAGCUGGCCGGAGGCGGCGGCGGCGGCGGGGGGGAGAAUAAAGGGAAGCAAGGUCUCCUCCCUAGCUUGGAAGAUCUGCUCUUCUACACUAUUGCAGAAGGACAAGAGAAAAUACCAGUGCAUAAAUUCAUAACUGCACUCAAAUCUACAGGAUUACGUACGUCGGAUCCCAGGUUGAAAGAGUGCAUGGAUAUGUUAAGACUGACCCUUCAAACAACUUCUGACGGUGUUAUGCUGGACAAAGACCUCUUUAAAAAGUGUGUACAAAGUAACAUUGUAUUGCUUACUCAAGCUUUCAGAAGAAAGUUUGUCAUCCCAGAUUUUAUGUCAUUUACUUCACAUAUUGAUGAGCUAUAUGAAAGUGCUAAAAAACAAUCUGGAGGAAAGGUUGCUGACUAUAUUCCACAGCUGGCCAAGUUCAGCCCUGACUUGUGGGGUGUGUCACUUUGCACAGUGGAUGGGCAGAGGCAUUCUGUUGGAGAUACCAAAGUUCCUUUUUGUCUUCAGUCCUGUGUAAAGCCUUUGAAAUAUGCUAUUGCUGUUAAUGAUCUUGGCACAGAGUAUGUGCACAGAUAUGUUGGUAAAGAGCCUAGUGGAUUAAGAUUCAACAAAUUGUUCCUGAAUGAAGAUGACAAGCCUCAUAACCCUAUGGUGAACGCUGGAGCAAUUGUGGUCACAUCUUUAAUCAAGCAAGGAGCAAAUAAUGCAGAAAAAUUUGACUACGUUAUGCAAUUCAUGAAUAAAAUGGCUGGUAAUGAAUAUGUUGGAUUCAGUAAUGCUACGUUCCAGUCUGAAAGAGAGAGUGGAGAUAGAAACUUUGCAAUUGGCUAUUACUUGAAAGAGAAAAAGUGCUUUCCGGAAGGCACAGACAUGGUUGCUAUACUGGACUUUUAUUUUCAGCUUUGCUCAAUAGAAGUAACCUGUGAGUCAGCAAGUGUGAUGGCAGCAACUCUGGCUAACGGUGGCUUUUGCCCAAUCACUGGUGAAAGAGUACUCAGUCCUGAAGCAGUCCGGAAUACCUUGAGUUUAAUGCAUUCCUGUGGCAUGUAUGACUUCUCAGGGCAGUUUGCCUUCCAUGUGGGCCUUCCUGCAAAAUCUGGAGUUGCUGGUGGGAUUCUUCUGGUUGUUCCUAAUGUCAUGGGCUUAAUGUGCUGGUCACCUCCUUUGGACAAGAUGGGCAACAGUGUUAAAGGAAUUCACUUUUGUCAUGAUCUGGUUUCUCUGUGCAAUUUCCAUAAUUAUGAUAAUUUGAGACACUUUGCGAAAAAGCUCGAUCCUCGCCGAGAGGGUGGUGAUCAGCGGCAUUCCUUUGGACCAAUGGACUAUGAGAAUCUCCAGCAAGAACUUGCUUUAAAAGAAACAGUAUGGAAAAAAGUGUCACCCGAAUCAAACGAGGACAUCUCCAGAACCAUAGUGUAUAGAAUGGAAGGUCGGGGAGAGCAGAACUAAGUGAAUGGGUUCUAGUUUCAUUAAAUACUACAUUUAAAAAAGCCUCAAGCAUCUCUAGAUUCAACUUCAGUCUGAAUAUUGUUUGCCUGGUAUCUUCAUUUAUAUAUAAAUUUUGUGUAAAUUUGUAUGCUAUACCAAAAAUGCUGUCAGAGUUCGAGGAGAAAAGCACACGUAAGCAACGCCAACCAAACCUGUUAACUGACUUCUGUCUUUACUUAAAGCACAUUUACUUAUUAAAAAAAAAAUAGUAGAUCUGAAUGUUUUCAAAGAUAUACCUCCUGUGUAUAUCUGUGUAUUUUUGUUUAUAUCUGAGAAUUUUAAGUAAAUUAAUUGUAGAGCUAAGCAAGAGUUUAAGGUAUGUCCUCUGAUCAGGUUCAGCAUGUAAAGAUAGAAUUCUAAUUGAAAUAUAAAGUAAAAUACUGUCAGUAAACUCACGAAUCUCCAAAUAACUGUAUAUUAAGUGGUUCUGAGUCACGUUAUCACUUUAUUUUACUAAGAACUUUCAGUUUGCUUUGAGCAGAAAUGGAUCCCUCUGAUAUGUCAUGCUAGCAAAAACUAUGCUUUUUUAAAUUUGACCUUCAGUCAUAAUUAAUUCUAACAUGUAAAUAAAAGAGCAAAAUGGCUGGGGAAGACUGGGAGAGAGGGCAAAACAAAGCUUGCCUUGUUUGCAAGUUAACGAAUGUGGCAGAAAGAUUUCUCCCCAAACUAUUUUGAGUGUCUUGCUAGCUGCUUGUACUGCCUCUUGGUAGUUAUGACUCAGAAGUCUGCCUUAGUAAUAAUGCUGUGCUCCACCCCAGAGAGGAAUGUAAGCAAUCCUAGUUUUUGACUGGUAACCAGCCCAGUAGGGAGCAGGAAACGUGUUCAGAGUAAAGCAUUUUUUGUUAGAUAUUCCAACUGUUUACAAUUAACUUAUUUUUCAGCCGCUAAUGUGUGUGCAUGUUCAUAUAUGGGAUUAGAGGUAGCAUUUACUUCUACAUGAGCAAAUGUUCAUGAAGUUAUUAUUCAUAGCUCCUUUUUAAAGUGUUAGCCAGUUUGUACUGAAUGUCAGCUUGUAGAGAAUCAGGGCUUGCAUUCUUCUGCAGGAAACUGCAUCUCAAUCUAUGUAACAUGAUAAUUUGACUUGUUUUGAGGACGAUGUGCAAAUGGUGUAUGCAGGCUUUAGGCAGUGCUGGGCAGGGCACAGAGUUAAUAAGCCCUUGACACUUAGCUGUUCUGUGAGGUUCUGAAUGAUACUAAAAAUCAUAAGGAAAAGAAAACCGAACUGCCAACACAAACCUCUGUCUAUAAAAUAUCAUGUUUGCAAAGAAUUUGAUAUAUUCCCCCCCCCACAGCCCCCAAGCACACCUCAUGCAGGUGUUCCAGUUGUAAAACUGUGGAAAACCUGUCAGAGUGAUGAUAUGGAUAUUCCUUCAUCUAUGUCCAUUAAAGCUCAUUGAGGAUUUCAAGAGGUGUAGUGUGAUAGAUGAUUCCUGGCAACACCUCCCGCCCUUCUCCCUGCCCACUGCUCCCAUGUGUUGGUGAUCUGAAACUCCAAAAUGCAUUUGUGCAUCAGUUUUGCAUAAGGGGAGAGUCUCCCUGUCCCUUUUUGUCUCAUGUAGGUGUUAGUCAAGGAAGAUGCAGAAAGCAAAGCUUACUUUCUCUGAGAAAACAAGCUGUUUUUAAUUACGUUGUUUCGGUAUUGUUUGUCUUGCAUAAGCAUUUGAAAUAAUACUAGUAUUAAGCUCUGACCUAACCCUGAAUAAUCUUCCUCUAGCAGUACUUUGUAAAAGGAUGAGUUUCCUGUGUUUGAAGCCUCUGAAUUAAAAUAUUCGAGCAAAACAAUACUGAAAGCCACUAUUCAGUAAACAUCAAGUCCUAGUGGAUUAUGUGUGCAGAUGUCAGUAAUAAAUUGCUGAAUAUUAGCUAUUUUGUAAUUUAUCACUGAUGUUUGGCAUAGGUCUGUCAGUGCUUACCUUGAAAAUAAAGUGAGACAAGUAAAGGCGAAGUCUUGAAUUAUAAAAAUUUCUCAUCUGUUUGAGGACUUGUCUGUUGAAUAGCAGCUACAGAGAUGUAACAAGUAUUCAGAGUCUGCAAAACUGUGUUUGCCUGAAAUAUCCCCAAUUAGAAGGGGAUGGUAAUGUAUCUGUGCUGCUAACUAGAAGUACUUACAGUGAUUAUAUGUUGCUGAUUAAAUUACUGAUGUAAUUAAAAAAGGAUGUGUGAUGCAGGAUUUGCAGCUACUAAAAGUGUAUUUGGAGAUGGGAAAUCCACGUCUUUACCAUGUUUAUGUAUGUAAAUUGCAUACCAAAGCUUGUGGUAGAGGUGAGUCCUGCUUGAGAAAUUAAAAAAAAAAAAAAAAGAAAAAGAAACAAGGAGCUGAAUUGAUCUUCAGUAUGCAUCAUAUUUAGGGUACAGCUUACACAGCCUUUACUUUAGAUCUGUAUAUAUUCCGGUUCCGUAAUACACGCUUUUGAAGCCUGUCUCGGAAUUGAAGCCAGCCUCAAGUUUGGAGUGGCUAAGAGGAGACUCUUUUGGACCAAUUGUUCUGUAAGUUGCCUGCAAUUUGGUCUGAGCUGUCCACAGGUGGCCCUUUCUAAGGGCAACCUGCACAGAGAGUGAGCUGGGACCAUAGUUAGAUCUGCCCUGGCAGCUUGCCCACACCUGUACUGCUUGGUGAGUGGGCCUGAAAGAAUGUGGUGGUAGAGGCUAGUUCAUUGAAUGUCGAAGUCUGCAACGGUUUUAGUGUUCACCUGUGCUACAGUAAUAGCAAUUCUUGAUAUUCAAGCAUUUUAGCUGUUUGUUUGUUGUUCUUUGUCAGCAUCAUUAACAUUUCAUUAGAAAUGUAAAUGCUUUUGAAGUUUUAUUUUGGCAUUUGUGUUGUACCCUUUGGCUCGGUUGUUAAGUUCCCUGUCUCAUUUUCCAUUUUUCAUUUGCAUUGUAUGUUAUUUAUGUAUCUCAAUUUCUAGCAUGCUUAUUUUUGUAUUGUUUAAUAAAUUUAUUUUAAGCUGAUUUUAUUGUAUUUUUUUUUUUUUCACUCAAUGGAGAACAGGUCUGUUCAAACACGUUUUUGAGACUGAAGUGAGAUAGUGAGCACUCUGUUCUAAAAAGAGCUGAAGUUCUGGAAGGGUAAAUAGAGCAACCAGAUUUAAUUGGCCAGUGAAAACCUUCCUAAGAUCUCUCAAUUAAAUCAUUAGCAGACAUGCUUAUUUUUCUCUUUGUCUGAAAGUCAAACUCAUAGUAGCAAAACCUCACUGUGACUUUGAUAAAAAUGAGGUGCAGUAGGAUUAAGAGUGUGUGGUUUUGAAGAUAUUGAGUUGCUUGGAAAAUAGGCAGUCAAUGGUGCCAGUGCCAGAGCAGUAACUGUUGAUAUGGAGCACUACGAAGUAAAAAACAGAGCUUGUAAUAUUUCAUACGCAAGAAGGAAGGUGGUGGGUGUGUUUUUAAUGUAGAUGAUUCUGAGAUGAGACUCUUUCCAUAGAGGAAUCCCCAUGGUGGGGAUGGCCGUAGUUAUUCAUCAAGCUUUCCUGUACAUGGGCUUAUAAACAGCAGUUAUUUGUACUGCAUUUUUAAAAAUAAGCUGGAUCUUCAUUGUACAUUUAAAAAAAAAAGUUUAUUAUCAAAAAAUCGUGAAGACAAGGUUGAACAGCAGUAGGCACAAAGAGAACUACAGGUGACUUACUCUACACUUGUUUUUGUCUAUUACAAUUUGCAUUACAUUGUGCUUGUUUUGUCAAACAACCCGUGGGUGGGAGGAUGAAUGGAAAAUGGAAUGGAAAGAUGAGAGGGGGGAGGAGGGCAGAGGGAGAGGAACAAGAGUUUGGUUCUUCAAUUGUUUAUCCCUGUUAGUUGAUUCUCAUGGUUGUGAUACGUGUCACUGAUUGAGUUUCAGCAUUAUGUAUGUUUUGUUUUAGUAUCCUAAGCAUCGUUUGUAGGGUUUUACUGGAUGGGAUGGGUAAUGUACAGUCCCAUUUUUGUUUCAGGAACUUAAUUCCUUCUGUGUUGAUUAGUUUGUGGCAGUCCCAAUUAUUGCAUUGAGAGUCAAGUGUAUUUCCCAUUUGCUCCUUUCAGAGAAUGCUGAGUAUGGCAUUGAAGUGGCUUGUUUCCCUUUGCUUUUUGUGUAAGACAGUGGUAACUUUAUUGCUCUAUGUGGACUUCUGAUGUCAUUCAAAUACUUACCAUGUUCAAGUUUCUGGUCUUCAGCAUCACAGCUCUGCAUAUAGUUGAAUUAUUUCUGGAAAUAGGCGUGUGCUUUUUUUCUGUGCGCAGCAAGCCUUGCAUAACAGUUACAUCUGAAGCUACGGUUUUAAGUUCUAAAAUAGAAUUUGGGCUGGCAGAAAUGAUGGUGCCAAGUUCAGCACCAGUUGAAAUGCUUUAAAGCGUAACUAGGCAGUGAAGCCAAGGCAGAGGCAUGACGUAUGGUAAGGCUGCUGCAGUUAACUGGUUCAUGCCACAUUUUUGAAAAAGAACAAGAGCUAUGUUUAAACGUUGGCAGAAUAAUAGAGACCUUGUCACUUCAGCACUAAACCUGAUGAAACAGAGGUGGGUGAAAGACUUCAUAACAUUCUUCUACCCUCAAACAUGUCUCAGCCAGCCGUACUUAGGAUAUAUUUCAUUUAUGCAUAGGACGUGCAGCAAAGCAUAUUUGUUAUAAGGUAAUACAUGCCAUUCUAGAUGCUGCUCUGCCCUGAUGACCACCUAGCUGGCACACAGCUGGCGCUUUCUGUAGAUGUUUUCCUGAUAGCAGCUAUGCUUGCAGAAGUCAUAAGUUGUCUUCUGUCUAUCAUCUUUCCAGAUUUCUUCUAACCUCUGUAUCUGAUCAGCAAGGACAGGUCUUCUCAGGUUAAGUAGCACUGUUACUUAGUGAAUUAUAUGCAGUUGGUAGCAAUUCUCCUAGUAGAGAUCAGUGUAUGAUAAUUUCAUGGUUAUUUGGUCAGGCUUGGCAUAUACCAGGUGUAUUGGUAUAUUCUUGUAUUUGCGUUCCUGUGAACCUCUGCUUUGGUUUCCAACAUGGUGUUUUUUCAGGGAAAUUGCUUCAGUUAGAUUGCUCCAUAUACGUUUCUUGAAUAUUCUGAAAAUAGUGAAUCUGAAAAAGUAAUUGCUUUGAUAUAGGAUCAAAAGCAACUAUUAUUUUCAGAACUGUUUUUUCUUUGUCAGAUCCUUUAAUUGCGGAGUGCUAUCAAGAGGGCUAUUCUCUUGAAUUGUCAAACACCUGGUAUGCACAAUUUAAAGUAUUCACGUGAUUAUAAACCUUCUUGUGCACACCAUGAGUUGUGAGUUCAUCUUUAAAUGGUAUAUUUUCCUAAAUCAGGAUAAUUAUACUAAUACUUAUAUGGUACACUUAUAUAUAUGGCCACUAUAGCCCAGUAUUAUAACACUGGAAGUGAUUUAAGAAUUUAAGACUGUAAUUCAUUAAUUUUUCUGGUAAAAACAUAGCAGGCCAAAUGCAAACUCAGAAAUAAGUUAUUUGCUGAGGGACAGUGUGUUACUUUUAGGAUCACUUGUGAUCGCAGUAAUUACUAACAAAACAAUGAGUUGUGAACACAGAGCUGAGUGAUAGGAAGAGAUAAUGUCGCUUGCUUCCUGUUGAUGUGAUUCACUUACCCAACUUUUUCCUUGAGGCAGGCAGCUUUAUUGUUUGUCCAGGAAUUACUCAUUUAACAUCAACAUGGAUUUUUUGAAACUGAUAGACAUGGCUUUGGUUAUAAGAGCAGCUAUGGCUUUCAGUACAAUAAGUGCAUUUCACACUUGUUAAAGGACCUCUGUUUUAACCUUCGUGAGCAUGUAAUUGUUGAAGGACAACUGCUUAAUAUGUAGUUUUGGUCUGAGAAUAAACUGAAUAGUUGAGUAGAUUUUACCUAAUAAGCUGGUGGGCAGUAGUGAUUGUUCCCAACAGUAAUUGAGUUAAAAGCAUGGAGGUGAAAGAUCACUUCAAGAUAAUAAAUGCUACCAGACCAAGAAGAAAGAGGAUAAUGAAAAAAAUAAACUGGAAAUUAAAUAAGCUUUUUUAGGAACCUGUUACUGAUGUUUCAGAAGCAAUCCUUCCAAGAGUGGAGUGCAGACUUCUGGUAAGAAUGUCCCUGCUCUGAUGUCAGCCUGCAGGUUGGUGUCUGCCUCAUCCAUGUCAAGUUUGGCUGAAUGCCUUCAUCCUCUUUACUUUUGGAAUAAUUCCAGUUCCAGAUCUUGUAGUUUAGAGUAUAACUUCAUCCAUAAAUUGCAGAGUAUCUGCCGACAGGAAACCAGGAGCAUUGCUCUGCCCAUUGUGCAGCUAUUAGUUGUGGUCAGUAGGUCCUUGAAAGGGCAGACACUCUUUUGUCCUAUCUGCUUAAUACAGCUUGUGUCACUAAAGCCCUGGUCAGCACUUUGCUUUAUUCAUUUGGCUGUUGUUUAUUCCAGUCCUUUGGUCCCAAAGUUUGCAGAGUUAGUAAUGUCUGUAUCCUCUACUUCAAAGGCUCUUGUUUUUGCUCCUGCAUUCAGAAUCAGCUCAUCAGUGUUCAUUCCACUUGUUGAGAUUUCUGUGUUUAUUUUGUAUGCUUUUUGCUGCAGAAGUGUUUGCAGUGGAUGUUCUGUAAAAGGACUGAAAAGGGACUACAGAUCAGAUGACCUUAAGGAUUCCUACAAUUGUUUUUUGAAAGAUGUAUUAUUUUACCAUUUGGGUAUUUCCAAUCAUCAUAAUUUCAUUGGUGCUUAAAAACCUCAUGACCUCAGAGGAAAUCAAAGUCUUUGAGAGGGUCAUUUGUUUUUCUCCAUUAUAACUGGGGAGCUUUGAGCAUGGCAGAAGAUUCAAGUAUACCUACCCUAAAAGACUGAUGGUGACUGUGUUGUCUGCCUAAAACUGCAACUUUGAGCUUUGUCUUCUGACUUGAAGGAUGAAAGUCUGUAUGCCUCUUUAUGCCUUAAAUGUUUCACCUGAUCUGGUAAAAACUUCGUGUACAUGUUUGGCUCAUUCAUCCUUUGUCACACUGCUCAUUGCAAACAACCCAGCAGCACCAUCUUGCCUCACAAGGGCAGCAGUGAGGUUGGGUUUUCUGUUACUCCUCUUGUUGAGUUACAGUUCUCUGAAUUGCCUGUUUUGUUAUUUUUUCUGAUUUAGUUUUUGCUUAUUAGGUCUCUAGAAUUUCUGGUUUCUAUUGCGAUUUGAGUUUAUGAAUGUCUGUGAAUGGUGUUUUUUUUAUUAGCUGUUGGGAUUUGGAACCAAUCAACUUUUGCUCUUAAGUCCAGUGGAAGAUGAUUACAUUUUUUUUUUUUAUUUUAGGUUUUGCAAGUUUUGUCAGUGAUAAUGCUUAAUUCUGUUGUUUCCAAAAUAGGAAGUGUCAAUUCAUUGAUAGCAGAAGAAACCAGAAGUAGGGAUUGAACAUGACCAUGUUUGUCAUAAUCUAGUGAAGACAGUUUUUAUAUUCGAUUUGCUCCUUCUCCCAGUACUCUUCCCUUUCAAAACCAAUAUAGUUUUCUCCAAAGCAGAGCUCACAAAUACUGAAAAGCAUAGGACCUGUGCAAGUAAUUGUUAGUGAGUAGCACUUGAGAUAAGCUGCUGUUCUACCAUAGUUAAGUAUUUUCCCAGGCACGAGGAGGGAAGCUCUCCUGUUGCAUUGUCAUGUAAGCACUGAAGCAACAGGACUCUGUUUAGCACUCCUGUUACUGUUGAAAACUUUAGGAUCAUCCUUGAGCUGUUUGGUGGUAUCCAUAUCGGGGCAAUAUUGGCUAUAUUUAUCCUACUGUUUACUCUUAAUAUUCUACUCCACAGUUGUGUGAUAGGAUUCCUAUAGCCUUUUUUGCAGGAGUUAUCCUUCAGCUAGAGAUGGUUCUGUUCCUGGGAUCUUCUAACCCAAUCCUAAUGAAACACCUUUCAGAGCAGUUCUUCGAUGGCAAUUUGAUCAGCUAGAAGGGUGAAGCAGAGACAGUGGUCACUGUCAUCCCCAGCCCUCCUGCUGCCGUGCUUUGUGCCCCUGCUCUAAUGAUAGGGCACGUCUAAUGAUGGGCACACAGCAAGAGGAGGCUGCCCUGUGCACCCAGCACGUUUUUGUCACUCUGUUUCCUUUUCUUGAGAAAACUGAGUGGUGCCCUGCAUGGUGUGGAAGGGAUUCAAUUCACCUUCUAUUUGGCCUAUUUGCACUAACUGUGCAGCUCCCAUUCUGGAGUCAGCACUGGGCAAGGCUGGGUUCUUCUGCAGUUACAGUUUUGGAUAUUGGAGUGGGGAGCCAAGGAGCACUGCUGGCAGAGCAGCCCUGUGGGGUGCGUGCCUCAGCAGAGGAGUAGGGGGGUAAUGUUCUUCCUGAGAGCUUCACUGACGGUAAGUGGAUGUUUCACUUAACCUGGCAAGUUUUGGUUUAAUUAAAUGCAACUCUUAAUUCAUUUUAAACAGUCUUGUUAUUUAGGCACAUACCAGUUUGCUAGUACUUCUCAGUAGCCUUAGUAGAGCUAACAAGAAUUGGUAAUAAAUGUGCAAACCAGUGCAGUAACAGCUCAGAAAAGCCAGCUGAACAGACAGGUUUGGUAUUGUGCUGGUUUGUAGCGAGUCUCGUUUUUAGAUGCUUUUCAAUAUCUAGAUUAUAUGAAAGCCUGGGGAACAAAAGACUUCUACAGAGAUGGGCCAAAAAGAAAAAAAAAAAAAAAAUACUGUAAAAUAUCAUGCUGCUGUGCUUACCAUUUGCAUCUUUUUGUGCCAUUAUACUUUUGCCCUUUUUGACCUCCCUUGGGGGCUUGAUCUGUAGGAAGCGUGAAUGGCAGAAACUCACUUGAAACCAGUGGGUGAGUGGGUGGAAAUGAAAGAGGGAGGAAUGUCUCUGCUCAGGUGGGCUGCCCAUCUGCACCUUCAGCCUAAGCCUUUUUCAGUAGCUGUUUUAGCUUGAAGGAAUGAGUUAGAAGGUUGUUUUUUCUGGUGAGAAGUCUUUAAGGUAUACAUUUUGUUUGCUUUGAUGUUUCUUACACUGAACUGCAUGCGCAGCAUCUGCAGCAGGUACUGAAGCUGAGCUGCCUGCUGGCCUGUUUGCAUCUGAGCACUGCUGUGUCUGAAUUGAGCCCGAUCAAAACUUCAUCAAGCUCCUAAAGAAGCAAUGCCAGUAUCUACUUCUCUGUAUGAAAACUUAGAAGUCGGAAGGGGAAAAUUACCAGUUUUACUCAAAUAGAUUGAUUUUUACUUCAAGCUGUUUUAAAAGCUUAAUUGCAGUAAGAAAACAUUUGAAAGCAUACUAUGCGUUUUUUCUUUUUCUUUUUUUUUGUUACCAGCUUGAUAGGCAGUUUACAAAUAACUGACUUUCAGGCUGGUGUAGGUACUGCUGCUGAGUUAGCAGCGGUCAGCAAACAGCAGCACCUGUCUGAGGCCUGGCACGAGGACUGCCUGUGGCACCGUGUGUGUUUGGCUGUGGGAGCUGCCUGGCUCAGUUAAUUACAGGUGCUUGUUUUCUAAACUCAGUACGUGGGUCGUGCAGGCAGUGGUUCAGGCUGGCUCCAUUUGGGAGACUCUGAAAACCCCCUCCCUGGGGAAAGCUGCUGGUGCAGCUUGGGCUCUGACUCAUGACCAUGCUGAAGUCAGGGCAGUGUGCACCAUCUAGAGGGAGAGCUGAUGUACGAUGGGAGAGGAAAACAGGCCGCCUUGUUUUCCUGUGCUAAACUUGCAAAACACUGAAGAGUAAAUAUUUGCAGGUUCUAUUUUAGUGCUUUUUUUUUUUUUUUCAAAUGAGGUCAGAAAGCAAGGAUCAGUAAUGCAGAAAAUAGUCAGAAGUGUGUGUGUGUGGGUGGAGUGCUGGAGAAGAAAUGUGUUAUGGAAUUGCUGGCCUUGUUUGUAACUUCAGGUAUUUGUGUGGGUAACGUUAAAGUGUACGCAGUAAUUGGCUUGUGUAUCCUGCCACUAUUUAUAUUGUAAUGGAACAAAUACUUUCCCCAAGAAUUACAAUUUUCUGCUUUUUCAGUCUACAGAAGUGCUUCUGACAAACCUGCCUGGAGUGGGAUAUUUGUUUGUGGCUUAGUCUUAAUUUUUACUUCUAAAAACUGACUUCUUACCGUUUGGUAAUACUCUUGAUUUCAGGGGAAAGAGUGCAGAAGCUCAGCAGCAGAGCUGUUGGCUUUGUUUGGAAUUUCUUUUCCUACAAAGUACAGCUUAAUUCCUAUUAGAGAGUGGCAUAUUCAAGCAAAAGCACGCUUGUCUUUUAGACUUGACUGGGAUUUUCCACACAAGCUGUGGAGAUCUGUCCCCAGAGGUCAGAUUCCAGCUUACUGUAAAUGAGUUGCAGCUGUGAAAACGCUUAAAAUGAGCAGUCCUGUCUGUUGUCCUUAGGGUGAGUGUGCAGGGAGGGCAUUUCUCUGAGAUAUCUCAUGGUUGGUCUUUGUUCACUUUCAAAGCUGAAGCUUCAGAACCAGCUGGGGGCCGUUUCUGGCUGCCAGUGAGAAGCCCUGUCUGCAGUGAGGAUUGCAAUCCCAGCUUGUGGCAAGGCUGUGUUGCAGUUCAGUGUGGGAACCCGGGUGACCAAAGCGUUCAUAUGUGCUUCAGUUUCACUUCUGCUGUGUUUCUUACAGUUCGUAGCUGCUGUGUCAGAGUUGAUGUUGUAUUUUGGGUGUCAGGAAUGUUUUGCCACUGAUAAAUAAGCAUUGAGAGACCAUCAGCUCCCAGGAGAGCAGCAGGGCUUGCUCUGCAUGCCGGAUACCCCUUGGGAUGGGAUCAGCUUUAGGAGCAGCAGCAAAGUGCUGACGGCACUGAGCCCAGCUCCUCCUGGUUCUGGAGUCUGUGUGACUUCAGCUCACAUGAGCUCUUGGCUUCACGUGUCAGUUUGAAGGCUGGGACAGCAGGACGGUGCUCAGCAGGCGGGGCUCUCCCCAGCACGAGGCGUUAAUCUGUAGCUUAAGAUCUAUUUUUUGAAGCAGAUUGCUGAGCCGGUGCUGAGCAGCUUAGUGCUGCUGGGUGCUGCCUGGUGAAGGGCCCUGGGCAUGCUCCGACCUGGAGGCCUUCCCUUUCCCCACUGGCAGCUGGGUUGGGUUCCUCAGCACUGCGGCCAGCAGUAGGGCUGGGGCUGUGCGGCCUGUGGUGCUGUCGCAGAGAUCCUGGCCGAGGUGCUCUCAGGCACCACAGGAAAUUGAAGUCCAGAUUGAGUGACCUUUUUAGCAAAGAGCUCGUGGAAUUAAUCCAGCUCUGAGCUAAAUUAAUGUUUUCUGAAGGAUUUGUUGUGCCCCCAGGGGCAGCUGCCAAGCUCAGCCUCCGGCUGCCCGGCUCUGUCAGUAACAGCAGUGAGGAUAGGUGGCAGAGCUGUUGUGUGGGAUGGAGCCUAUCUGCGUGCAGUGAGUGCUUCUUGCCUCAGCCUUGAAGGGGUUCUCUGCUAACUGCCCUGAGAGGAAGGCUGAUGACGGGUGGCUUCCCCAUCUGGGUUGGGUUUGGGGCACAGCUCAGCCAAGAAGCACUGCUUCUUCAUCAGAUUUGUUCAUUUGGUACACUGAGAAAGUUUUACAAACCAACAAAUCAUUGUCCUUCCCUGAACUGUUUUGCCACUGUGUUUGCAGAAAAAUCUGGGAGGACAGUGUAUGUGCUGCCCUGGGCACCUGCUCUCCAAAGCCCCUGUGUGCUAUGGUGUGCUUCAGUGCUGAACGUGCCGUGUCCUCAAACCUUUUGGCAUGAUCACCUGGAAAGUGCUUCAGUGGCUGCAGUAGGAGCAGACUUGUUGCUCUCAUGCCCAUAUUUCCUGUCAGAGCCGUAUCUCACUUGCAUCAUGCUCUGGGAGUGUUAAUUUUUCCCUUUUUGGCCCAUCUUUAUCUGAAGUCUCUGUACCAAUAGUGCAGCUUCCUGUCUCAGAAUGCUUGCUUCCUUUAGCUUCAUCUCGGUGUGGUGGUUCAGACCCAACCAGCUGUGGUUUUCCUCUCCUCUCGUGCUGCUCACAUGCUCACUGCAGAGCUGAUGGUUAAAGGGACCUUGGAGGUCACUUGGCCAACCCUGCCUGAAUCAGCCAGCAUCGCAGAGAGUGGUGAAAACGCACACCUUGUUCUUGCAGAAACCUUUGGCAGAUCUGUUUUUGGGCACUGAUGUAUUUAGUCUUUGUUCCUGUGCAUGGCCAGUGCAGGACCAGCUUUCUGCUUUGCCCCUUGGCACUUAAGGCUGUUAGCAGCAGAAUUUCAUAGACUCCAUUCAAAAAGUUCUCUGGAAAACAGGGGAAUGGUGCCUAGAACUGCCGGUUCUUUUUAUGAAACAGGCUGAUGUGGUGUGCUUAAAACCAUCUAGUUCAUCCUUUUUGUCUUCUGUUAAAACUUGCUGAGUUACUGUGGCCAGGAUGUGUUGAAGUACGUAUGUGAGAGGGGGUUUGUAAUCUAAUGAUAACAUUUCUUACUGGGGUAUUUAGUGCAGCUGAGAAAAGGACGAUCUGCCUGAGCCUUCACCGAUGUCAUUGGAUCUGAAAAGAACCUGCCUUUGUCUGCCUCCAAACCUCACUGUGCUGCCAACAAUUCGUUGUGACAGAAUUGCUUGCAAUUGUUUGUCUUGCAGAGGGGCUUUCUUCAGAUAUAUGCAAGCGACAUCUGUAAUGUAAAGCAGAACCAUGAUCACCUCUGCUCUUCUGCCUGCAGAAAUCUCUCUUAACAUUUGGAGUCUGCUCUAAAACUCUUACUUUCCCAGAGCAGCUUGUCCUGAGAGGUGCUUUGGUUUGUGGAGUGUGCCAAGCAAUGCCCUCCAUCACUCAGCAUUCAGUAUGAAUAGGCAACGCAAGAGAGGAACACGGUUUGUCUAUUGAGCAAGGGUCCUUUUAAUUUUUUUUUUUUUUUGCACAAUA